GAAUUGAAUAAGCAAAACAAAAAUAUAUUAUUAUCCAUCAAUUUAUUAAUGCAUUCAUUAUUUUCACAAUUUACUAUACUUAAAUAUACUAUUUUCUAUUAUACUUUUAUUUUCCUCAAUAAUGCCCAUUUAAUUUCCAACAUCCACUUAUCGUUGCGGCUUUCACAAUUCUUUUUUUUUCUACAUUUUUGCAAAAACGUCAGAGCACCGCAACAACUCUAUUUAGAAAAAGGAUAUUUCUUCAAUUUUCUUCAAUUUUCUCCUCAAAAUCCUCCCGUCACAACCUAUCUAGUAGUUAAAAAAAGAAAAAAAAUUGAGGGGAUGACUCGCUAA